CCUGCAGAAUGGUACAGUCCGAUUCGUGACGUAUCUCAUUCGAGCCAGAUCCAAGCACUAUAAAAGGACGAAGGGACGGGUGUUCCAGCAUUGACAGCUUCAGCCUCCGAGUGUUAGCAUCUAGUGAACGGACACAGAGCUUCCUGCUUCCCACUCACCGCUGGGCACAGAGCUCCCUGAUACCCACUCACUGCCGGGCACAGAGCUCCCUGAUACCCACUCACUGCCGGGCACAGAGCUCCUUGAUACCCCCAGCACCAUGUAUCACGGAUUUUCUAGCAGCACUGACUAUGAAGCAGCUUCUUCCCGCUGCAGCAGCGCUUCUCCGGCUGGGGACAGCGUGACUUACUACCCGUCCCCCGCAGCCUCCUUCACCAGCCUCGGAUCACCGGUCACUCCACAGGUAAGGACAGGGAAUGCUGUGUUUGGGGGGUUUGUGGCAGCAGUUUGGAUUUACCUUGCAAUAAGUUGUACCCGGCCUGGGGGCAUGGUGUAUAGACAUGCAGUGUGUGUGUAUAAAUAUAGUGUGUAACUCGCCAUUGCUCCCCCUUCACCCCCAUGCAGUUUAUACAGACUGGGCACAUAGUGUGUGCCCCCUCUGCCAUGCAGUGUGUAUAAAUAUAGUGUGUAACUCGCCAUUGCUCCCCCUUCACCCCCAUGCAGUUUAUACAGACUGGGCACAUAGUGUGUGCCCCCUCUGCCAUGCAGUGUGUAUAAAUAUAGUGUGUAACUCGCCAUUGCUCCCCCUUCACCCCCAUGUAGUGUAUACAGACUGGGCACAUAGUGUGUGCCCCCUCUGCCAUGCAGUGUGUGUGUGUGUAUAAAUAUAGUGUGUAACUCCCAUCUCCCUCCCCCCCCCCAUGCAGUGUAUACAGACUGGGCACAUAGAGUGUGCCCCCUCUGCCAUGCAGUGUGUAUAAAUAUAGUGUGUGCCCCCUCUGCCAUGCAGUGUAUAAAUAUAGUGUAUACAGACUGGGCACAGUGUGUGUUUGCUGUGCCCUCUCCCCUCCUCCCUCUCUGUGUGUAAAGCUGUUCAUUGAUAAAACGCACGGUUCAUUCAGGAGACUCCAGGCAGCUCCUGCGUCACUAGUGACGUUACUGAGCUAUUUCGGUCCUACUCUCCCAGAAGUAAUGAAUGAAUCGGUUGCAGGCUGGGCAUGGUGUCUGUAUUGCAUGCUCAUUAAAUCAUCUUCUGUUAUCUCUCCUCCAGGAUUUCUGCACAGACUCCAGUAGCAGCUUCGUCCCUACAGUCACAGCCAUUUCCACAUCUGCAGACUUGCAGUGGCUGGUGCAGCCCACCUUAAUUUCAUCAAUGGCCCCAUCCCAGACCCGCAGCCAUCCUUAUGAACCAGCCCAGUCCUACAGUAGAAGUGGAGUGCUGAAAGGCUCAGGAGGGCGAGGACAAAGCUUGGGUCGGAGAGGAAAGCUGGAACAGGUAAUUAUCAAUGAUGGUCCUCUUCCAAAAAGUGUCACUUUCUCAAUUAAUCCGUGCUGCAAGCCAUAUGUGUGCAGUCUGUUUGCUCUAAACUGAAUAUUUGCCUUGUUUCUUCCUUCAGCUUUCCCCAGAAGAAGAAGAAAAAAGGAGAGUGAGGCGGGAAAGAAAUAAAAUGGCUGCAGCCAAAUGUCGUAACAGGCGCCGAGAGUUAACUGACACCCUCCAAGCUGUAAGUAUUUUAUUUAACUCCAUUAAUUCUAUUUAUUGGUGGUCAUCACUGACCUAUUUACUCUGCAAUCACGGUGUUCCUAACGUGUGGUUUUUGUUUUCUUAUUGUAGGAGACUGAUGAUUUGGAAGAUGAGAAGUCUGCUCUGCAGGCAGAGAUUGCUAGUCUCCUGAAGGAGAAAGAGAAGUUAGAGUUCAUCCUUGCAGCACACAAACCAGCCUGCAAAAUCCCACAUGAUCUGGAGGGGUCUUUCCAGGACUUCACCUCUACCCUGGAUCUUGGUCUGAUUGCUGAGACCCCCUGUGCACCCAGUUCACAGGAGUCUCCAGUGGAGUGCAUCUUCACUCUAAGUGACACUCAGUCUUCCAUCCCUGUGGCUGAGCAGGCCCCCCAGCUGCCGGUGUCUCUACAACUCAAGUCAGAGCCUUUGGAUGACUUCCUCUUUACCUCUCCUCACCCUGGAGCUACUGAUGCUGCCCGCUCUGUGCCUGAUGUUGAUCUGAACAGCUCUCUGUACACAUCUGACUGGGAGCCUCUAUAUAAUACUCUGUCAGUAGACAUGGAGCCCCUCUGCACCCCUGUAGUUACAUGCACACCAACGUGCACAACUUACACAACCUCAUUUGUCUUCACAUACCCGGAGUCUGAUCCCUUCCCCAACUGUGGAGCAGCCCACCGGAGAGGUAGCAGCAGCAACGAGCAGUCAUCAGACUCUUUAAACUCUCCUACCUUGUUGGCUUUGUAAUGCCAAAGAAUCCCAAUCAUGAGGAAUAACCAGGGCCGCAGAACACUCCAAAACUUGGUGCCUCUUACACUCUAAUGGCAAUAAGUCACAAGUUUUUUCCACCUCAUUGUGUCAAGACUGGCUUUUUACUGCAGUGUGUAAACUGUGCAUGUUCCACAAUAUAUACCAUGCCCUGGUGCUUGACUCUGCAGGAAUUUAGACUGAACAUGGUGGUAACUUGCUCAUCCAGUGCCCAGAAACGACUGCAUAUGUCUGUGGUGGCCAGUCCAGCUCUGUCAAACUACAUAGUGUGCAAAGGGGCAACUGCUUCCAACUGCCAUGAAAGCUUCAUACCUCUUCCCAACAUUUAGCUCUGGAAUGGACUUGGUUCUCAAAUCUGACCUUUUUUAUUUAUUUUCUUUAAUAUGUAGCAUGAUCUCUCCCCUGUGCUAGUGAUGGGGUUAACAUGUUUAGGUAAUCUGUGAUCUGCUGGCUUGGCGUCUAGUCUGGAGUAGUGUACCAAGCCAGUAUGCAGGGUUGUUCUGGUGCUGGCUGAUUAGGAGGUGACUGGCAGAUUUGGAGCUAUGUCCCCUGCAGCCGCAUUUACUUUCCUUGUGCGAGUCUUUCUAGAAUUUAUUAAAUUUGUUGAAGCCGGACACAUUGUGAACACACUGUUUUUAUUUAUUUCUCUUUUGAUUGUAAUUCCGUCUGUGUCCUUCCAAGUUUUCCAUGAAAACGUUUUAUUUCUUGUAGACGGCUAUGUUUAAUUUAUUAUGAAUUGAGAAUAUUUAUAUUUUUAUCUGUAUUUUAUUUUCUACCUUGCCUUUUGUGGACAGAGGGCCGUAUGUCUAAGCAGAACCUGCUUACCAAGGAC